AUGUUUCGGUGUUGUGAUCAAUGUAUUUUCUUCUAUGGUAUUGUUCUCUUUCAACUAACUAUUCCACAAAUCUGUGCACCGCCUACAAUAUCGAAUCCUACAUAUCAAAGUUACUCAAGUGACGACAAUGAUCAAUGGCAAGAAGUUCCAGAACCAACAAUCAGUAUAUUUGAUGCAGUAAGAAAUCAAACACCAACUUAUCCAAAUAAAGUUACAAAUUUAUUUGGCACAAAUUCAGCUUUUAAUAAUAAAGGAUAUAGAGUAAUUCGUUCCGCCGAUUUGUCUACACUAUAUGUUGUACCAACAAGAACAGCACAACAAAUAUACCCAGUGGAAACUGAACUAGAAGAUGAGGAAUUAAAAAGAUUGAUCAAUCGAAUGAAUGGAUUUGAGUCUAGAUCAAAUGAAUAUCCUUCACCUGGUCAAACUAUGUGGACUACUCAAUCGUAUACAGGUUGGUCUGAGCCAGUUCGCCCACAUCCCAUGCAGUUUCAACAGACUUCACCACCACAAAGUCGUUUUCCGCCUCCAGCUUACAUGACAUCUAUUCAAUAUCAAAAUGGAAGGAAUUCGCUUCCACCUACUUAUUCAAAUACUUUCAUGAUACAACGAACAAACCUUCCUUCACCAAGAUCUAGAUUCGGGUCACCGGUAGAUAUGAGUCAACAAAACAGAUUUGCUAGAUUCCAACUUAAUCAACCAUCAUCAAUAUAUAAUCCAAAAAUGCUUAUGAGACAACCUUAUGAUCCAUUUAGAAGACCAAUAUUUGGUGAAUACUUGAUUCCAAACAAUAGACCGUUAAAUAAAGACAAUUUUCAAGGGUACAGACCAGCAGCUACAUUAUUAAGAAGCAAUAUAAAUUAUCCAACUUUUAUAAGAAACACAAAUCCAUAUAACAGAACAGGAAGGUUACUUUUUAACCAGUAA